GGAAAAUGAAGGUAUAAAUGGUGGCAGUGCUGCGCCGCCACCGAAGCAAACGCCGAGCUGAACCGGAGCAGCGCCGCAGCUCAGGGGGACCGGCCACGUCGCAGGUGCCACCACAAAGGUGAAGGAUGCCACUCUGGGUGUUCUUCCUCAUGGUCCUAGCCCUCAGCGGUGGCUGCCACUGCUCCUCACACUCCCUGACCCUCAGGAAGCCACGGUAUGCAGAUGCCAUCUUCACCAACAGCUAUCGGAAGGUGCUGGGCCAGCUGUCUGCCCGCAAGGUGCUCCAGGACAUCAUGAGCAGGCAGCAGGCAGAGAGAAACCAGGAGCAAGGAGCAAAGGUGUGGCUUGGGCGUCAGGUGGACAGCAUGUGGGAAGACCAAAAGCAGACGGCAUUGGAGAGCCUCCUGGCGGCCAUGUCGCAGAAGCUCAGGAAUUCCCAAGAAUGAAGAUUCUGCCAGUGUUUUAUGCUGCCUGGAGCCAAAACACAACUGCAUCCAGUUCAUCCUAUUUAAUUUUUGACCCACUUUUUCAUUUAUGAAUACAAUAAAAUUCCCCUACCCUGG